AUGGCGGUCUUGCCAAUCAUCAAUCAAGACACGUCGCAGAUAUGGCGCCGCCUCAACGACAAAAUCGAGGAGCCCAAGAGCCAGAGGCGGCUCAUCCUCUUCAUUGUGUGCGUGGCCCUCCUGCUGGACAACAUGCUGUACAUGGUCAUCGUACCCAUCAUCCCGCAGUACCUGCGCAGCAUCGACGCCUGGUACACGCACACCGAGGGUGGCAACAUGUCCUCCUUCGUGGUGAACGCCACCGUGAACGGCGUGGUCACGAACCGCACCGAAUGGCGUCGCACGGGUGGUCACAUCGUCUACGAAGGCGAAGAGUCGGCGGUCGGCGUCCUCUUCGCCUCCAAGGCCAUCGUUCAGCUGUUUAUUAAUCCCUUCUCGGGGGCUCUAAUCGACAGGAUCGGCUACGACAUUCCCAUGAUGUUCGGUCUAAGUAUCAUGUUUCUGUCUACGGCAAUAUUCGCCUGCGGCAAGAGCUACGGCGUGCUCUUCUUUGCCAGAAGUCUACAAGGCGUCGGCUCCGCUUUUGCGGACACCUCUGGGCUCGCUAUGAUCGCUGACCGAUUCACUGAGGAGUCCGAACGAACCAAAGCGCUUGGCAUAGCACUGGCUUUCAUCUCUUUCGGCUGCCUUGUUGCCCCCCCGUUCGGCGGCCUCCUCUACGAAUUCGCCGGCAAAGAGGUUCCCUUCAUCAUCCUCUCCCUCGUCUCGCUCACCGACGGCAUCCUUUUGCUGUUCGUGAUGCAGCCUGUGAAGCAGCAGAUGCGUGCAAUGGGCGUCCAGCGGCCCGCAGGUACCCCCAUCUGGCGCCUCUUCAUCGACCCGUACAUCGCUGUGGCCGCAGGGGCGCUUAUGAUGUCCAACGUAUCGCUGGCCUUCCUCGAACCGACAAUCUCUAUCUGGAUGAAGGAUAACAUGCACGUGGAUGACUGGCAGAUUGGCCUCAUCUGGCUGCCAGCUUUCUUUCCGCACGUGGCGGGCGUUUACUUGACAGUGCGCAUGGCACGCCAGUACCCACAAUACCAAUGGGCUAUCGCUUGCUUUGGCCUGGCACUCGAAGGGCUGAGCAGCUUUAUCGUGCCCUUUGCCCGUUCCUACUGGGUUCUCAUCAUACCGCUCUCGGGCAUCUGCUUUGGCAUCGCCCAGGUCGACACCUCGUUGCUACCCACGCUGGGAUACUUGGUCGACGUGCGUUAUGUAUCUGUCUACGGCUCCAUUUACGCCAUCGCUGACAUCUCGUACUCGCUGGCAUACGCCAUCGGCCCCAUCAUCGCUGGUGGUAUUGUCGAGAGCAUUGGAUUUACGGCCCUCAACAUCUUCAUAGCCAUAUCCAAUCUUCUCUACUGCCCACUGCUUAUGUCACUGAGACAUAUCUACGACUACAAGCCAUUUGAGAGCGAGGCGAACAUACUGAUGCAGGAUCCUCCGGCCAAGGAAUAUCAGACCUACAGACUUCAAGACGGCACAGCAGAUCCACUCCCGGUCACGAACCACGUGCAACAGACCUCCUUUAUGGAAGGUGGCACCGUCACUACUGGGCAAGGACAAACUCAACAGCAACAACCUCAACUCCAGCAACUUCCAGCUGCGGGUAAGACACAGACACCACAGCAUCAGCAGCAACAGCGACCUCCGCACAAGCGUCCCGCCGCAAAGAAGCAUGUGCGCGUGAGAGGAUACAGGUCUUCGGACAUGGAAAUGAUGAUCACUAGCUCCGAGGAGGAAGAGGGUGACCUUGAGUGAGGCGUCCCUCUCGGCUGGGUAGAGGUCACUUGUACCCGUGCUCAUCUUCUGCGUUUCGGACGGCUCUCUGUGGAGGUGGAGGUGAUGCUCAUCAGCUCCUGUGUGAGAGGAAGAGGGUGACUCGAAGUGAUGUGCUGACUGCUUGGUGAUUUUUUUUUCGCCUGGUGCGCACAUGUGUGUACUUCUAGACACUCCUACCUUUAGGGUAUUGAAAUCAAAGCGCAAGGGCUAAUGAAAGAAAGUGGUCUUCGCUAUAGUGCAGGAUGCUAGAGUAACGAUUUCCCUCGUUAAAUCCCGACCAGAUAACCAUGGUAGAUAACUAAGACCGCUGAGAAAGGUGGACAUGAUGCGACAGGUCAUCGCAUGCUAUGACAACAGAGUGGUACGAAUUGAGGAAAGUGUUCAGUCAAUAGCAGUGCCGUGGCACAUGGUAAAGUCCCCCGUUGCGUUAGCCAAAGGCACGCUGCUUAUGAGCAGCUUCUAGCAGAGGUCGUUUUGGAACGCGCCAAUGUAAACGCUAAGCAUGGUUUGCCUCGCAAUAACUCACCCUUCUGGAAAUAAUAACCUCCGAUGGCAUCCACCAAGCUUGAUACAAGUGUUUAACGAGUACGGUAAGCUUCUUAAAGCACGUAGUGAAAAACGGAGAG